AUGGGAAGCGAGCGCUUCGGAGAAGCUUGCCCCUGGUGUUGCCGGGCUGCCCACCUCGGCGCAGGUUCCUUCGGCGCGGCGCGCGCGCCGGCGGGCGCCACGUGGACCGUCCUGCCGCUGGACCCGCGGCGCAUGCCCGUGCGCUAUGGGAGGCCUCCGAAGCGGAACCGGCGGAGCCGGCGCUGCCGCGUCGCCAACGACGACGACGUCUGCGUGGGCAUGUCGACGAUCGGCGAGGACGACGUCGUCGCCGCGGCGGCCGUCGACGACCUCGAGGUCCGCGCGGGCGGCGCCGGCGCGGCGCACAGCCUGCCGCCCCUGCCGCGAAACGCCGGCGGCGGCGCGGCGUCCUUCGCGGCGGGCGCGGCGUCGGCCGUCGUGCUCGCGCGGACGCACGUGAGCCGCUUCGACGGCGGCCGCUACGCGCUCGACGCGGCGAGCGAGCGCGGCUGCCUCACGGCCGCCACGGACGGCGGGGUCGCCGCGGCCGGCGGCGGCGACGACGCCUACGCGCCCGGCUUCGACGUCGUCGUCGCGGGCCGCCUCAAGUGCACGGUCCGCGAAUGCCUCGGCGCGGGCUCCUUCGGCGCGGUCUACCGCGCGGCGGGCCCGCCGCGCUGCGGCCGCCGGCGCGACUUCGCGCUCAAGGCCGUCCGCGCGGCGGACCUCGCGCCCGCGCGGCGCCGCGCGCUCGAGCGCCGGCUCACGACGGAAGCCGCGCUGUCCAUCAGCCUCGGGACGCACCCGCAGCUCGUCGGCGUGCUCUACCUGCUCCCGAAGCUCGCGAGCGUGCCGUCGACGGCCGGCGGCAUGCUCAUCGCCAUGGAGCUCGUCCGCGGCUGCGACCUCGGCGCCGCGCUCGCCGGGUCGGGCGCGCUCUACGCGGGCGGUGGUUGGGAAAUGUUACCAUCUCCUGUGCGCUAA